AUGAAAAUUACAAUGCACCCACACAGCAAACAAACACUAACAAGUUCUAAGCUAUACCUUAAAAGAUAAAUGAACUAGUGUUGCCUUAGAAAUCAGAUAUUACUUAGUAGUACCCAGUAGCACCAACUAGAUCACCACUAAAUAUCAAGAGUAGAGGUCAAUCCUUGGAAUUCGAGGGUGGUAGUCAUAUCAAGAGACCAAGUAUGA